CCUCUCGUUUCUUCAAAAUCCAGAGAGGAAAAAAAAAUGAUGUAGGUGAUAAAUUAAAACCCUUCUCAUCAAUCACAAUAAAAAGAAGAAUAAAAAAAAAAGAAGAAUAAAAGAAAAGAAAAGAAAGGAAAAUUGUUUGAUAUUCCCCAGCUGCUGCUGCACAAUUGGAGGAGCCUGGGAGAGGGAGAGAUGAUAAUUGGUAGAUGGUUCUUUGCUGUCCAAUCUGCAGCUCUUCUCUUCCUCCUCGUCGUUUCUUCCUCCUUCUUCACAACUUCCGACGCCAGCAACAUAGACCAGCAGAUUCAAGAAUGGACGAGCAAGUACAAGGAUUUGUUGGCAGGAAUGAAACAAGACUACAGCGGGAGCAAGCUUGCGAUCACCAACAUGACGCUGGCCGCAGAAAGGACGAGGAGGCGGGACCCACUUGACGGAUGCCAUUACUAUACAGGAGGCUGGAAUUACGAGGACAAGCAUUACUGGGCCUCAGUCGCCUUCGCCGCGCUGCCGCUAGUGAUCAUCGCCGGUGUCUGGUUCCUGUCCUUAUGGGUGUUCCUCUGCUGCGCCUUCCUCCGGUGUUGCUGCGCCGUCUGUUGCGGCCGCAAGAAGCGCCGCGGCAACCCUCGCUCACUCUACAACGCUUCCCUCGCCAUUCUCCUCAUCUCCACCAUCGUAGCCAUAUCGGGGAGCGUGGUGAUCUACGUGAACCAGCACAAGUUCUACGACGAGGUGUUCGACGCCAUGGAGUACAUCAUGAACAAGGCGGUCACCAUUCUCGACAAGCUCAAGGUGGUGGUCAACGCCUUCGCCAACGCCGCCAGCAUGGCCUCCAACCAGUUCUCGCUGCCGCCGGAUGUGUUGGGCAGCAUCACCUACGUCAACGACCUCGUCACUUCCAUGGCCACACUUCCCCAGCUUCAGUCCUCGGCCAUGAACCUCGCCAUACACAGUGUCCUUUUUCCUGCGAGGCUAGCACUUAACAUAAUUGUGGGGAUAGUAAUCGCCUUGGUAGUUCUUGGUCUUCUGUUCUCCAUUCUUGGCAUCCGAUGUUUGGUGUACUUGCUUGCAGUUCUAGGUUGGGCCAUCAUCGUACUGCUACUCAUCCUCAGUGCUUUGUUUCUCGUCUUCCGCAUUGCGGUGGCAGACGCGUGCGUGGCGAUGGAAGAGUGGGUGAGAAACCCGACCACCAACUCCACCAUGAACCAGGUGCUGCCAUGCUUGAACAGCACCAUCGCCGAUGAAGCCCUGUCGGUGAGCAAAGCCACCGUCUACUUCAUCGUCAACUCCACCAACCAGUUCGACAACGGGGUUGCCAACAAACGGUCCAACCUUGGCCUCUCCUACAAUCAAUCGGGCCCCUUGCUCCCGCCUCUCUGCAAUCCCAUCAAUGCCGACAUGACCUACAGGUCUUGCCUCCCUGGUGAAGUCGACAUCGCCAAUGUCUCCGAGGAAUUCGACAAGUACAAGUGCCAGGCGUCGGGAUCGGGAAUUUGCGCGAGCCCGGGGAGGUUGACCCCGUACAUGUACGACCAAUUGAUAGCGGUGGUCAACGUGAGCUACUCCUUGUACACAGCAGGCCCGUUCUUGGCGGAAGUAGGGCAGUGUUCCUUUGUGUUGAAGACGCUGACCGAGAUCACGGACUCGUAUUGCCCUGGGCUCAGAAGGUACAGCUACAGAACGUUUGUUGGGCUGGUGAUGAUCUCUGUUUCAGCUAUGGUGUGCUUGGUCUGCUGGCUGUGUCAUGUGAGGGCGAAGCAACAGCUGUGGGAAGCUAAGAGGUACAAAUCCUUGUCGACGGGGCCUUUGAAACCCUGGUAAAAAACAAAAGAAAAAAACACAAAGAGAUUGGCUAGUGGUAAACGUUCAGUACUAUAUACUUUGAGUUAAAAGGUCCAUUUGUGUGUGUUUGUGUAAAAAAUGUCGAUGGAAAACUACUUGUGAGAAGAGAUUUGGAUAAAAAAGAAAACCAAGGGUGUCCUUUUUCUGACCAGGAAGAUUACUACUUGUACACUUUGCUGGGUUUUUUUGUUUUUGGUUUUGUUGAGAUCAAUUUGUGUGUGUUUGUGUAAGUUCUUUUAACUUUCUGUUU